GGCAGCGGCGGCGGCGGCGGCGGCGGCCGUGGAGGAGGAGAACAUGGCGGCCGCGGAGAGCGGCUGAAAUGCCUGUUCUGCAGGCCGGGCGGGCGGGAGACUGACGCGAUUCACCUCGUCCCGUCGUCCGUCGGUUGGAGCGCGGCCUCAAGCGCCUCGGCUGCAGUCGGCUGCCGUUCCCUCAGGCACAGCCUGCGCCGGGGUGGUUCUGCAUCUCCCCCACCACCGCCACCGCCACCACCACCUCCCUGAAGUGGGGGAGACUCCUGCUCCGGAGGAGGGGGCCGGAGAGCCCGCGGCGGCGGCGGCGGCGGCGGGCGGGCGGGCGGGCCGCCUGCCUGGGCCCCGGGGACGGGCGCCCGGCCGGAGGAGCGGCGGAGUCCACGGCGGCGCCGCCACAGUCGCGAGCGAGCGCGGCGCCAGGGAGCGCGGCCCUGAGGCGGCGGCAGAGGCAGAUCUGUCCAUACUAAUGGAAAUGUAACUGGAACUCAUCUGAUGCUAAAACCGAGGACCAUUAGACAAGAUCACAUAGGAGGAAACCUUGCUUCCUAAUGAAGACCCCAACAUUCAGAAUUUUGGCCUAUUCAAAGGUUCCCUUUAUGGCUGUGUCAGAGAACUAAUUAACCUCCUAGAAAAAUCACUGUAUACUUCCAUAACAGAUUUAGAAAUAAACAGGUUGUUUGUGUAACUGACCUUCCGUGAGGUGAGAACAAACGGACUGGAGCCAUCUCUGGACAACAUUGUACUACUCCAUUCCCCUGAAGCUGCCCGCUGGAGCACUUGAUUUGACCAUAUCUGCUUUGAGGAUUCAUUAUGAACAAAGAAGUCUCCCAGGUGUGAAGUUUGUCAACAUGAGUGGCCUCGGGGACAGUUCAUCCGACCCUGCGAACCCAGACUCACAUAAGAGAAAAGGAUCGCCAUGUGACACACUGGCAUCAAGUACUGAGAAGAGGCGCAGGGAGCAAGAAAAUAAGUAUUUAGAAGAACUAGCCGAAUUACUGUCUGCCAACAUUAGUGACAUCGACAGCUUGAGUGUGAAGCCAGAUAAAUGCAAGAUUUUGAAGAAAACAGUAGAUCAGAUACAGCUAAUGAAGAGAAUGGAGCAAGAGAAAUCAACAACUGACGAUGAUGUGCAGAAGUCCGACAUCUCAUCAAGUAGCCAGGGGGUGAUAGAAAAGGAGUCAUUAGGACCCCUGCUUUUGGAGGCUUUAGAUGGAUUUUUCUUUGUUGUGAACUGUGAAGGAAGAAUUGUAUUUGUGUCAGAAAAUGUGACCAGCUACUUGGGGUACAAUCAGGAGGAAUUAAUGAAUACCAGCGUCUACAGCAUACUGCACGUGGGAGAUCAUGCAGAAUUUGUCAAGAACCUGCUACCAAAAUCACUAGUAAAUGGAGUCCCUUGGCCUCAAGAGGCAACACGCCGAAAUAGCCAUACAUUUAACUGCAGGAUGCUAAUUCACCCUCCAGACGAGCCAGGCACCGAGAACCAAGAAGCUUGCCAGCGCUAUGAAGUAAUGCAAUGCUUCACAGUGUCACAGCCAAAAUCAAUCCAAGAAGAUGGUGAAGAUUUCCAGUCAUGUUUGAUUUGUAUUGCUCGGCGAUUACCUCGGCCUCCAGCUAUUACAGGUGUAGAAUCCUUUAUGACCAAGCAAGAUACUACAGGUAAAAUCAUCUCUAUUGAUACUAGUUCCCUGAGAGCUGCUGGCAGAACUGGCUGGGAAGAUUUAGUAAGGAAAUGCAUUUAUGCUUUUUUCCAACCUCAGGGCAGAGAGCCAUCUUAUGCCCGACAGCUAUUUCAAGAAGUGAUGACUCGUGGCACUGCCUCCAGCCCAUCCUAUAGAUUCAUAUUGAAUGAUGGGACAAUGCUUAGCGCCCACACCAAGUGUAAACUUUGCUACCCUCAAAGUCCUGACAUGCAACCUUUCAUCAUGGGAAUUCAUAUCAUCGACAGGGAGCACAGUGGGCUUUCUCCUCAAGAUGACACUAAUUCUGGAAUGUCAAUUCCCCGAAUAAACCCCUCAGUCAAUCCUGGUAUCUCUCCAGCUCAUGGUGUGACCCGUUCAUCUACGUUGCCACCAUCCAACAACAACAUGGUCUCUGCCAGAGUAAACCGCCAACAGAGCUCAGACCUUACUAGCGGCAGCAGUCAUAGUAACUCUAGUAACAACCAAGGGAGUUUUGGAUGUUCACCUGGAAAUCAGAUUGUAGCCAAUGUUGCCUUAAACCAGGGACAGGCAGGUUCCCAGAGCAGUAAUCCCUCUUUGAACCUCAAUAAUUCUCCUAUGGAAGGUACAGGAAUUUCCCUCUCGCAGUUCAUGUCUCCGAGGAGACAGGCUAAUUCUGGCUUGGCAACAAGGGCCAGGAUGCCAAACAAUUCAUUUCCUCCAAAUAUUCCAACAUUAAGCUCCCCAGUUGGCAUUACUAGUGGUGCCUGUAAUAAUAAUAACCGAUCCUAUUCAAAUCUCCCAGUAACAUCUUUACAAGGUAUGAAUGAAGGACCCAAUAACUCUGUUGGCUUCUCUGCCGGUUCUCCAGGCCUUAGGCAGAUGAGCUCACAGAGUUCACCUAGCAGAUUAAGUAUGCAACCAGCAAAAGCUGAGUCCAAAGAUAACAAAGAGAUUGCAUCCAUUUUAAAUGAAAUGAUCCAGUCUGACAACAGUGCUAAUGAUAGCAAACCUCUGGACUCGGGACUUCUGCAUAACAAUGACAGACUCUCCGAUGGAGACAGCAAAUACUCUCAGACGAGUCACAAGCUAGUCCAGCUGUUGACAACAACUGCAGAACAGCAGCUCCGGCAUGCCGACAUAGACACGAGCUGCAAAGACGUGCUGUCCUGCACCGGCACUUCCGGCUCUGCCUCCACUAACCCUUCCGGAGGUACCUGCCCCUCUUCCCACAGUUCUCUGACGGAGCGGCAUAAAAUUCUGCACCGGCUUUUACAGGAGGGCAGCCCCUCAGACAUCACCACUUUGUCUGUGGAACCCGAGAAAAAGGACAGCGCAUCGACUUCUACUGCUGGGCCAGUGCCCGGACAAGCCCCGGGGAACGCCAGCAUAAAACUAGAACUGGAUGCUUCAAAGAAAAAGGAGUCGAAAGACCAUCAGCUCCUGCGCUACCUUCUAGACAAAGAUGAGAAAGACUUAAGAUCAACUCCGAACCUGAGCCUGGAUGACGUGAAAGUCAAGGUGGAGAAGAAAGAACAGAUGGAUCCUUGUAACACAAACCCAACCCCAAUGACCAAACCUGCUCCCGAGGAAGUUAAACUGGAGGCCCAGAGCCAGUUUGCAGCUGACCUGGACCAGUUUGAUCAGUUACUGCCCACGCUGGAGAAGGCCGCACAGUUGCCCAGCUUGUGUGAGACAGACGGGAUGGAUGGUGGGGUCACUGGUGUCAACAUCAAGUCAGAGAUGCUGCCAGCUUCCCUUCAGCCCACCACCGCCAGAUCUGCUCCCAGGCUGAACAGAUUGCCUGAACUAGAAUUAGAAGCAAUCGAUAACCAGUUUGGACAACCAGGAGCAGGCGAUCAGAUUCCAUGGGCAAAUAAUACUGUGACGACAAUAAAUCAGAAUAAACCAGACGAUCAAUGCAUUAGCUCACAAUUAGAUGAGCUUCUGUGUCCACCAACAACAGUAGAAGGAAGAAACGAUGAGAAAGCCCUCCUGGAACAACUGGUAUCCUUCCUCAGUGGCAAAGAUGAAACGGAGCUGGCUGAGCUAGACAGAGCGCUGGGGAUCGACAAGCUUGUCCAGGGAGGUGGGUUAGAUGUAUUGUCCGAGAGAUUUCCACCACAGCAAGCAACGCCACCUCUGAUGAUGGAAGAGAGACCUGCCCUCUACCCUCAGCCAUACUCAUCUCCUUCUCCUACCACCAGUCUCCCUGGUCCUUUCCAAGGCAUGGUCAGGCAGAAGCCUUCCCUGGGGACUAUGCCAGUUCAAGUAACACCUCCCCGAGGCACCUUUUCACCCAACAUGGGCAUGCAGCCCAGGCAGACUCUAAACAGACCUCCAGCUGCACCCAACCAGCUGCGGCUUCAGCUACAGCAGCGGUUACAGGGACAGCAACAGUUGGUGCACCAGAACCGGCAAGCCAUCUUGAACCAGUUUGCAGCCACUGCCCCUGUUGGCAUGAACAUGCGGUCAGGCAUGCAGCAGCAGAUCACGCCUCAGCCACCCCUGAAUGCUCAGAUGUUGGCACAGCGUCAACGGGAAUUGUACAGUCAGCAGCAUCGACAGAGGCAGAUUAUACAGCAGCAAAGAGCCAUGCUCAUGAGGCACCAAAGUUUUGGGAACAACAUCCCUCCUUCAUCUGGACUGCCAGUUCAAAUGGGGAACCCCCGUCUUCCUCAGGGUGCUCCACAGCAGUUCCCCUACCCACCAAACUAUGGUACAAAUCCAGGAACCCCACCUGCUUCGACCAGCCCUUUUUCUCAACUGGCAGCAAAUCCUGAGGCGUCCUUGGCCACCCGCAGCGGCAUGGUGAACAGAGGCAUGGCAGGAAGCAUGGGAGGGCAGUUUGGCGCUGGCAUCAAUCCUCAGAUGCAGCAGAACGUCUUCCAGUAUCCAGGAUCAGGACUGGUUCCCCAAGGUGAGGCCAACUUUGCCCCAUCUCUAAGCCCCGGGAGCUCCAUGGUGCCGAUGCCAAUCCCUCCUCCUCAGAGCUCUCUGCUCCAACAAACGCCACCCGCCUCUGGGUACCAGUCACCAGACAUGAAGGCCUGGCAGCAGGGGACAAUGGCCAACAACAAUGUGUUCAGUCAAGCUGUCCAGAACCAGCCCGCCCCCGCACAGCCCGGAGUGUACAACAACAUGAGCAUCACCGUGUCCAUGGCAGGCGGAAAUGCAAACGUUCAGAACAUGAGUCCAAUGAUGGGCCAGAUGCAGAUGAGCUCUUUGCAGAUGCCAGGGAUGAAUACUGUGUGCUCUGAGCAGAUGAAUGAUCCAGCACUGAGACACACAGGCCUCUACUGCAACCAGCUCUCAUCCGCUGACCUUCUCAAAACAGAAGCAGAUGGAAACCAGGUGCAGCAGGUUCAGGUGUUUGCUGACGUCCAGUGUACAGUGAAUCUGGUAGGCGGGGACCCUUACCUGAACCAGCCUGGUCCACUGGGAACUCAAAAACCCACAUCAGGACCACAGACCCCCCAGGCCCAGCAGAAGAGCCUCCUUCAGCAGCUACUGACUGAAUAACCACUUUUAAAGGAAUGUGAAGUUUAAAUAAUAGACAUGCAGAGUUAUACAAAUAUAUUAUAUAUUUUUCUGAGAUUUUUGAUAUCUCAAUCUGCAGCCAUUCUUCAGGUCGUAGCAUUUGGAGCAAAAAAACAAAAACAAAAAACAAAAAAAAAAAAAAAAAGAGUUCAUUUUUGUUGGGAGAUUGAGAGAUGGUUUUGUUUCUUUCUCUGUAAAGGCCUUGGAUAUUGAAAAGAAUAACAAGGCAGAACAGUUGGACAAUCUCAUUUCUUGAGCCAAAAGUUAAUUAUUCUUAUUUUUAUAAUCAGUCAUUGGCUUCUUUUCUGGAUGAAGGCUUUUGAAGGGAAACCAAAAUAAGAAGUUCCAAGGGAAGAUGAAGCCCUGCCUCACCGGCUGGCUCAGCCCUGCCCCUGCCCUGGAAGAAGAGCCCAUGGGGCUUUGCCUGUCUGUCCCCCAGAGGCCAUCAAGUUCCUCCCACCAACAGCCACCCCUCCCCAACCCCAGGCAGCUCGUGUGCACAAUCAGCUUCUCCAAGCAACUCCGUCUGUUGGCAUCAAGAGAAUAUUUUGCUUCUACAUAUGCACCCCUUCUCCUUUUUAUAACGAUGGAUUGAAACCAAGAUGCCUCCAGGAAAGAGGAUGAAAUGAGUAUAUUCACUGAGGAAUCCAAAAAAUGCAGUUUGGGGGAAAAUGCAAUAAUUUUUUUGAUGAAAUGGGUGAAGGACAAGAACCGAGUUCUAUCAAUUAUUGUAGAUAAAAUUUUCUGAUUAAGUCUACGGGGGAAAGCAGCCUGUUCUUUCUGCUUUUACUAUGUUAACAGCGAGGUAGCUAAAGUUAUUUAAAAUAAAAUUAAAUUUAUGAUCCGAGUAGCUUAUUUUUUCCUUAAAUCUCACUGUAAAUAUAUUUUGAUUUCUUGUAGAAAUUGAUUUUGUUCUGUUUAAUUUUAUGCUUUUAUCAUCCUCUUGGUUUUUCUAAACUUAUGUGUGAAAUAUAAUGUUGAUUGAACUACAAUUACAUUUGGCUAGUAAUUUCAUUAUCCCAGUAACUGUGAAGCCAUGUAUGGAUUUCCUUUGGGACUCAUCAAUGUGGUACUGCCAGGAAGAGCUAUUCUAGCUGAGCUAGGGCAGACCACCCCAGAGUGCCGCAGGCCGCUUGUAGAAAGGGAAAUCAGUGCUCGCUCAGAGAAAAUCUGCUUUUUCUGUCUCAUGAUGACUUUGGGAAUUUGAAUUUCCAUCAGUGCAAAUAUAAGUUUCUCUGUUCUGCUCCGAGGCUAAUUGGUACCAUGUGUUCCGCUUGUCUUGUUAUUCUGCCACAUCCCGUCUCAUCCUGGCCCCAAGAAAGGAGCCAGUGUGAACUGACUCUAGUGCUAGAAGCCCUGCCACAGGCAGGAGAGCUUGAGCAAGGCAUCGCGAGAGAGGCCAAGGGAGCCCUCCAAUGCUAACCUUGAUCUGCAUCCCCCGGGCCUGCGGACAACACUGACCUUCUGCACCAGCUCCCUCUGCUCACACAGCAGAGAAAAGGCCAUAAGAACCAAUGCAGAUGAGGAGCAUGGACUCAAGACUUCAAGGAAGAAGCCAUUUCCCCAGGUCCUUCCUUCUGCAUCUCACCACCCCCUACUGUCAGAUGACUCCAUUGAACAGCAUCUAUUCAGAAACUACAGCAUUUUGAGAACAGCGGAAGGGCUCACGUGGUAGCAGCUAUGACACAGAAAUAGGACCCUCAGUUACAGACAUUACCUUUUCUCGUUUUUUCAGAAAAUGCAUCCUUGAUCUCAGUCAUUUCCAGCUUGAAAGCCCAGCCAUAUUACUCUAGUUCCUACCAAACUGCUCUAGGAGGUCGUUUCCAUUCUGUUUGUGAUAAUAAGCGUGCAGACUUCAGGAAGUUCACCUUUCACCUCAGCAUCAUUCCAGAUGAAGGCUCCUGACUCAGUGCUUUUGCAUAAGGACCUAGAAGAGAAAAGCAGUAAGGAAAAUUGGAGAUACCAAUGUCCGCCCCCAUCCCCACUGCACCUUAAAGUAUGCAUGUCACCUUCGAGGUUCUAUAAUUGCACUGUUUGUUUUAUGUAUGUACAGAUUAAAAUUAUUGCUACAUUUGAGGAAAAUAAAAUUGCUUGCUUCUAUGUAAUUCCUGUCAUUCCACAGGAAAUUGACUUUUCCAGCUACUGAAUAGAAUUUGUUUAACAACCUCA